AAAAUAGUGAACCAAUCUGAGCAUUUUUGUCAUUAAAAAAUUACUUAAGAAAAAAUAAAAUAUUAUUUUAAAAUUGCCAGUGAAAAGUUUCGAGGAAGUUUUACGCUGUCUACCGGCGGGAUAUUUAGCUCGGCUGGGUACUCUCGCUCAUACUGCUCACAGUAACUUGUUUGUGGUUAAUUUAUUUGAUAAAGUGAUUUUGUGACAGUGAAAGGUGCUAGUGUUUAUUAAUUAUUAUUAUUUCAAUUAUAAUAAUUGAUGAAAAAAAAAAAGAAUCUACUUAGCGCAUAUCAGUGGAAGCUGAAUAGAUAAAUAAAUAAGUUUGUGUACCGAGUUAUUAAACAAUUUGAUGUGAGAUUAGUGUCCAGUUGAUAUAAUACGUGAAUAUUAUUAUUAUUGUUGUUGUUAAUAAUAUUAAUAAAAGCGACUGACAACCAGUAAAAUAUUCGUCCGUAUCAUCUUCUUUAUCACUCACACUUAUAUGUGUGUGCAAAGUUGAUCCUCGAGUUGUGUACUCUUUAUCAUCAGCUACUUCUACAACAAACGGCUUCUAGUGCUCUCUGUUGCCUUUACUUGUGUCUCAGCUUAAUAUAAUAUGUGGAAAAUGUAUGUAACGCGUUUUGUUCUUCUGGUAUAAUAUAAUAUAAAAAUGAGUAUAAUAAUAAAGUAUUUAAAUUUAUAUUUAUAAAUUUUUAGUUGUAUGUGACGGUGUUAUUUGUCAGUGAUUAAACGACCGAGUGAUAAUAAAGUGUGCUCGUGCCAAUCUGCCCCUUUGGAUUUAUUAUUGGAUAUAUAUUAACACAUCAGCCAUUUUAACUUACAGAAGUGUGUUUACUUGCUGUUACUACCCCCAACUAUCAUUUAUGUAAGAUAGAGACAACUUACUCGGUUGAAAGAAGAGAUGAGAGACCAUUCAACUCCCUGGCGAGUUCUUACCAUUUGAUUCGUCAAGUUUGACCGAGUUUGGGGGGCACGUAGAACAGAAUGCAGAAACGUGGCCGAAGUCGUUCGGAAGUGGAGGUUGCGCAAAUGCACCCCAUAAGUACGGCUGGCUAAUAGACACCAAGCCCAUCCCCGACACCCCGCAGCCAGACACCAGAUCCGUGAGUCGGCGUGACAUGGAUGUGAGCUUCACGAACGUGUUAGAGGGGGCUCGUCAGUACUUUCAGGGACUGCCCGCGCCAAGUACAACAACAGUACCACCUAUAUCUUCGUCCUCGUCAUCAUCGUUGUCGUCGUCAUCGGAUAAAAAUAACGAGAGUAAUGGAUAUACGAGCCAACAGCACUCUAAAACACCCUCCAGCGAUUCAAGGUACGACGAGAAUAAAUCGACUGACGCUAGAGACACUGAUUUGUACUGGAAUUCCCCAAACAAUCCAAAUGAAUUACGGGCCAUUGUUGAACCUUAUCCACCUCAACCAACGCGUGUUGAGGUAUCAGACACGAGGCCCGACGACGGGGGACCCGAUGGUGUUCCCAAUAACAGUAAAAGUCUAACGGAAAUGCAACCGCCAAGUAGGCCUCAAUCCCAAAACGUUACAGCUGCCAGUCCGUCCCCUAAGCUGCUGCACCAACUCGAGCCGCAGCUAAACCCACCACACUCGCCGCCCGUCUACCAGCAGCUCAAUACUGUGUCGAGAAACUCCUCAUAUCAGACCCCCGAGAUGUUUAAUUCACACUCGAAUUAUCACCCCAAUCAUCAUCACCAGUCGCCAAGCACCACUGGUCCAGGUGAACGUCCACCUUCCGCCCCGAUAGUUGCUGCCGCAGCGGCAGCAGCUGCAGCGCAAAGGACGCAGUACUACCCUCGUUAUCACCAUCCAGACAUAACUAAAAGUGCUCCAGUUCCUUUUUCGCAGAGCAGUAUUUAUCAAUCGCCACAAACGGCUACUUAUACGCCGACUUCCGUGGCUCAAAUGCAACAACAACAACAACAACAACAACAACAACAACAGCAGCAGCAGCAGCAGCAGCAGCAGCAGCAACCACAACAACAACAACAACAGCAACAACAACAACUACAACAACAGCAGCAACAACAAUCACAGCAGCAACAACCACAACCACAACAACUACAACAACAGCAGCAACAACAACAACCACAGCAGCAACAACAGCAGCAACAGCAACAGCAACAACACCAGUCUUCGUAUCAUUCCUACCAAAAGAAUUCGCAAAGCGGCAGUUAUUCCCAAUCAGCGCCGCGAUCGCAGCCGCACCACCCGUACAGUCAACAAACAUUAAACCAACCGACACCACCUCUACCGCCAGCAUCGACUAGUUCCACUAGCAAUCAUUUAAAUGGUGUCUCUCCUUAUCUGACAUCGCCCAGUAAAUCAGCUGAUAUUUACAAUGGUGUCACUAUUGAUCCAAAACGAAAUACUACUGUUGCUGCUAAUCAAAUUACAUCGUAUAAUACUAAUAAUAAUAAUAAUAAUAAUAAUAAUGGUAAUAACAACAAUAAUAGUAAUAGUAGCUCAUAUCGUAUGCCAGCAGUGUCACAGAGGAAUACCAACACGCACAAUUUACCCAUUACUGCGAUAUCGUCUUACCACUCAAAUAGAAAUUCACGAGAAGCUGUUGGUAAAGCUCAAACUCUUUCACGACAACGUGCCCCAAUGAUUGUACCGAGUAGUAAUAGCAAUAAUAAUAAUAACAAUAAUAGUAACAGUAAUACUAUAAGUAGCGGCAGUGGAAGCAGUUCAGUAUCACAGUCAACGGUACAUUCUCCUCGAGGAAUACCUACGUCAGACUAUCAAUUAAAUUCGUCAUCAAAUGUCAUUCAUCCUGUAACCACUACAAGUUCCGGCUAUAAUAACAACAAUAGUGUAAACACUUCAUACAGUGGAUCAAAUUACAGGAAUUUAGCGACAACCAUAGCACCGAGUCACCAUGGUAAUAACUCUAGCACAACGGUAACAUCAAUUGGUGUGCCAGAUCGUUCUUCAGCGCCGUCCGCCAUUACAACAAUACACGCACGUCCGUCUUCCGAUCCAGCAACUAAAACCAGUGGUGCUUACCAACACUCUGCUUCUUCUUCAUCAUCAUCAUCCUCAGUUACAAAUACCGCUGAUAAUUAUGCGUACAAAGAUUAUCCAUACAGCAACUCAUUACCGCCAACAAAUAGUCAAUCGGGAGUAAGCGGAAUAAGAUCAACAGCACAGUCAUCCUCGCUUCCAGCAAACGGACUACCUUUGCGCAAGCGAGAAUCACCUCUCGACUUGUCUGUCAAGACUAUUAAGACAUCAGCAGACUCGACUGCUCGCGAUGACUUUGACAAUGGAUCCACGGAUAAACAAGUCAGCAGUAGCAGUAGUAGUAAUAAUUCGAGAACCACUGUCGGCAGAAAUAACAUGCUCCCGCCGGCAGUACAACCAGCCGGAGCGACUCCUUACGUCACGUACGACUCAAGAAGAAACCCCGUUGCUUCAAGUCUCAGGCCGUCGACCCCGCAAAUGCCCGUUUGUGCACCAAAAGUCGACUUUCUUCCUAACUUCAACUCGACGCCGCUGCAACGCCAUCAUCACCUACAUCAACAGCAGCAGCAUCAUCAACAUCAACUAAGUCAACAGUCCAAUCACAUGAUGGAAAGUCCGCUGAGACGUAGUUCGUCUUAUCAGCAGUUAUACGUACCGCAGCCACCUCAGCAUCAAAAUUCAACGCCUUUACCUAACAUUUCGAGUUUUAAAAAGUCUUUACUGCCCACCGGUGCUCCAUUAUACGACAACAAAGGACCCUUAACUUCAUCCUCUUAUUCACCAAUUAACAGUGACUCUUCAAACAAUUCACGGUCGUCGUCAUUCAGUCGGUACACUCCAGCAGUUGAUCCAACCAGGCCACCAGCACUUCCGGUUCACGAUUAUCCGCCGUCCGAUAAUAAGUAUUACAUGGAUAGUAGAAAUAAACAACAACAUCCUCAUCAAUCUCCUUAUCAUCAUCCACAUCCUCAUCAGCAUCAGAAUCCUCACGCUAUUCCUCAACACCAACAUCAUCCGCAUUCUCAUCAUAAUUAUCCAUCGGCAACGCGUGAUCGAGUUCCUGUAAAACGUCCUGGUGAGCCGAUAUCGAUGAGUGGCUCUGAACCCGGACCAACUGAAGCGAAACAGCCGCGUGGGGAAAACUGGAAGGCAAUUAUUGACAAAGAACUCCAACAAAAGUUAGAAAAGGCACGUAUAUUGCACGAGCAACAAAAAAGAUUUGAGAUGACCUUGCCGCGGGCAAUGCCAAAUGGGACAUUGGUGGCGCCGUCUUCGUUUAACCAAAGGGACCAUCCUUGUCCGGCACCACCAAAGAAACACACGGCUUUCUGUGAUAAACGGGCGUACACUGAGUCCACCAAACUCCCGAGAGAUUCAAAUACUAUGUCCUACAAUAGUAGUAGUAGUAAUGUUAAUAAUCAUAAUAGUGGUAGUAAUAAUAAUAGUAAUAGUAAUAAUAUCAAUACAAUGGGUCCUCAUACGGGUGAAAAGUCGCCUCAUUCUAACGCCGCUCAGUCGUCCGGGCAACCGACAGCUAGUCAAAUGGCUUAUACUUCUUCUGGUUAUCCACGUCAAAGUCUGAAAUCACCUUACCUCAGUGUACCAUCACAAUCGCUGGAUCAACCCACCAACAACACAGGCGCUGAUAAACGGGUGCUUAGUUUGUUGAGAAAUAGCCUUGAAAACAAACAACAAAGGGAAGAGCAGCUCAAUAGUCAGCAGCCUAUUUUGGUUAAUCAUAGUCAACAGAGUUUCCAAAAUAAGGUUGUGGCCCCAGUUGAGCCGAAGACAAACAUAGGUAGACACAAUCUAUCGCCAUUUACAGCGGCGAGCUUACUCGAGCGUAAUAGCAAUACGCCACCGCAUUAUAAGUUCCAUGUGCCAAGGGCAGUAGACUCGAUCACUCAAGAAACUCCCCGCAGCUUAUACGCCUCAAGGGUUAAUUCAUCGGCUACUCUACCUGCGGGUAAAGAGGCACUUUUGGGUCCCAGAGAACUUGAAAAUCAAAUUCACCGUGAUAAGGACGAUAGCCUUGCAGCUAUCCUUGCUGCUAAAAUUCGCACCAAAGCCGAGUUGAAGCAGGUUGGAACUGGUCAGUUUGCAUCAAAACCGGUGUUACUAUCUCAAGAUACAACACCUAAUGAUUACGAACGCGUAGCGUCAACGUCAACCCCCCAAUCAGUAGCUUCAUCGGCAGGUAGUCCCCCAAAACUAACGUGUGAAAAAACCGCGUGUUUACCACCUCGACGUCGCUUGUUUUCGAGAUCAGAUGAAGAUAAUAUGCCCGUAGCUGCGACGAUACCCGCUGCUCAGGCCGCUACAACACCGGCAUCAAUUAAAGCAGUAGCAUCCGCGGCAACAGUCGCUUCACGUGCCAGCGGAUUCCGCAGCUCGAGUGAAACUUCGGUAUUUGAUUUUCGCGAGAGCGAUUCAGAAGGUGAAAUGCCUGUACUUGAGCGUCAAACGCUUGAAGAAAUGCGUCGCGAUCGUAAACAGUUGUCUAAAGUACAACCACCAGUUUCGCUGGAUGAUGCUAUGUGUAUCGGAAUGACGUCAUCCGUCGAUCUCGUAAAAAUCGAACUCAAGGAAAAUGACAAUGUAGGCGAAGUAGAUCCAUUUUGGUCGGCAACCUGUGAUAAAUUUAUCGAACAAUUACGUGGUGGUAAUAGUAGUGAUACUAGUACUGUCAAAAAACGUGGAAGAAAGAGGAAAAUUGGUGACACUUCUGGUACAACAAAUAACUCGGUUAGUAAAAGUACUCCUUCGACAAUAACGACAAUAACGACAGAAACAUCACCAACAGCAAUAGUAAAUAGUACUAGUAAGAGCGGUGGUGCUAAUAGUAAAACUAUCGGUGUGAGUAAAGAAGAAAGUAAAGUUUCUAGUACUGCCACGUCACCAGUUAUUGUAAUAAAACCAGAAGAUAUAAAAAAAGAGAUUAAUGAAGAUGAAACAUUGAUUACAACUGCGACUAAAACUCCAACAUCAACGACUGUGAUGACGACCAAGGGUACAACGAAGACUAUCGCAUUAAAGAACGAAAACAACGACGGUGAAAUGAAAAAUAAGGGUAAUGCUGAGUCAGUAAAGCCAGUUUCUGUUAAAAUCGAUCCUUCGGAUACGGUUACUAAGCCAAAAUCUGAGGUUAAAAUUAAGAAAGAUAAAAAGGAUAAGAAAGAAAUUUUGUCUAAAACAACAUCAGCAGCACCAGCAGGGAAGUUAGUGAAUGAAAAAGAUGGCAAUAAUACGGAUGAUGAUAGUACUGUCGAGUUGCCGAUUGUAAAAACUAGGACGAAAAGGUUAAAUUAUUUAUCAGACGACAGUGAUGAUUAUAAUGAAGAAAUACGUAUGAUGCGACGUCACUAUAGGCAGACGAACAAAAUGACUACAACUACGACUAAAACUCCAACAUCAACGACCGUGAUGAAGAUCGAGGGUACAACGAAGACUACUACGUUAAAGAACGAAGACAACGACGGUGAAACGAAAAAUAAGGGUAAUGCUGAGUUAGUGAAGCCAGUUGCUGUUAAAAUCGAUCCUUCGGAUACGGUUGCUAAGUCAAAAUCUGAAGUUAAAAUUAAAAAAGAUAAAAAGGAUAAGAAAGAAAUUCCGUCUAAAACAGUAUCAGCAGCACCAACAGGGAAGGUAGUGAAUGAAAAAGAUGGCAAUAAUACGGAUGAUGAUAAUACUGUCGAGUUGCCGAUUGUAAGAACAAGAACGAGAAGAGUGUUAAAUUAUUUAUCAGACAGUGAUGAUUAUGAAGAAAUGCGUUUGAUGCGACGUCAAUUUAGGCAGGCGAACAGAAUGAAAUUAAAAUUAUCGAGCUCGAGUGAGUCGUCAAGUGACAAGGGAGAAGAGAGAGAAGAAGAUAAAGUUGAAGCUGAAGCAGAAGCCGAUGAAGAGGAGGAAGAAGAAGAAGACGAGGAGGAGGAUGAUGACGAUGACGAGGAAGAGGAAGAAGAGAGUGACGCAAGCACUGAAUUUGGUCGUGGUUCAACUGUAGCACAGAGAUUAAGACCUCGUAAACGUGCUGGAAAAGGUUCCGCUAGUGGUGCUUCUGCUUCAGUUCCCGAUGGUAUGAAAUUGCGACCACGCGAGGUCAAGACAAAGGAGGAAAAACCACAAAAAGCAUCUAAAAAUAAUCAAUCGCAAAAAUCCAAGCCGAAACCAUUGUUUGGAGAUGGAAGCGAUUUUCGUCCAGGCUGGGAGGAAGAAGUAUUUAUUUACAAGAAAUCCCUUCGGAUGCCUGCACGGCUAAUAAGUGUGUCAAAGCCAUCGCGUUUUCAUCGUUUGUCAACGUCAUUACCUGAUUUGGAUCCUGAUUCGCCAGCGCUAUCUGCGGUAUCAAUGGAUAGUGCAGAUGUUUGUUUACUGCGUAAACGAACAACAAUCCAAGCAGCAACCGCCGCAGACAGCGAUGUUGAUUCGAAUUACAGCUUUAGUAUCAGCGGUUUGGGUCUAGGUCUCAGUGGCGGUAGCAAAGUUGUCGAUGAUGAGGAAGCCACAUCAUCCACAACCGUAUCAUGCCCACCUAAAACAACAUCGACAACUACGCGACAAACAAGGUCAGAAUCAAAUUCAAUAGUUGAUUUGCUGGCUCGUAAAGUUGGCGGUAGUAAAAAAGACAGCAGAAAAAAAUGCAAAGAUAAGUUGGAAAAAAGUUUAAGCUGUAGUAAAAUAUUGCCCAAGGGUAGUAAUGAACCAGAAUUGUUGGCAACUCCUAGCUUUAGUCCGCUUGUAACUGGAGCAAUGGCUAAUGAUAAUAAUUCAAGUGGCAAUUCUAAAGCAAAGGGCAAUAACGGUAAAACACCGACUAAAAAUAGUAACAGUAAAUUAUUGAAGCAAAUUGAUGCGACUAAUGAAUCAUCCUCAUCUUCAUCAUAUUUAUUGGGUUACUUUCGAAAAGAGACUGUCAAUAAUUUUCGCGAUACUUUUAAAAAUAAUUAUGCACUGCCGAAUGAAUUUUCGACUUUUAUUCUAAAAAGUCGUACGAGAACUGAAACUAGGGUAAUGAAAAAACAAGCGACUAUUAGAGAGGUAUUUGGCGAAGAUCGGCCAGCUUCUGCUCCGCCCAUGCAAAAUCACGCUGGCGAUACUUCUCAAGAUGACGACUCUCAAACAGAUGAAAUUAAAGAAAGUACGCUCGAUAAUAGUAAUAGUAAUAGUAGUAGUAAUAAGAGUAAAUUAUUUAAACAAAAGGUUGUCAAUAGAUUAAAUAAUGCCGGAAUACUUGGAAGUAAUAAUGCUGCUUAUAAGUCGAAACGUUAUUUGCGGUUAGAACAAAGACGCGGAGCACUGCUUAAUAAAUCAAGUGAUAAAGAUGAUGACGAUGAAGAUGCUGAUGACAAAGCUAAAGUUAAUGUUAAUGUUGUCGGCAAUGUUAAUGUUAAUAAAAAUAAGAGUAAACAUAAUAAAUUAGCAGUGGAUAGUGGUAAUACUAAUAGUAACAAUACUAAUAGUAAAAGUAAUAAUAGUGCCACUGGAGGCGGUAUUAAAAUAAAGAAGGAAAUUAAGAAAGAAGAAGAUGAUGAAGUAGAUGUUGCGCCGGCUGAUGAUGACGAGGAGGAUGAUGAACAGGAUGAGGAUGAAACUGAAGAUAUUCAAGAGCCUGAUAAUGAUAAUAAUGACGGUACUGAAAUAUUGGGUAAAAAGAAACUUAAAUUACGCACUGGUCGAAGAAAAUUCCGUUCUGGGUUUGAUUAUAUACGUAAAAAGAAAAAACCCUUGAAGAAAGAUGAAACUACUGCCAAAGAACGUAAAAAACCGACGAUAUCGAGGCCGAAUGCUGAGAGUGUCGCGGAUAUUCAAAACGAAAUUAGGACAUGGGUUAUUAAGAAAGGAGUCGGAGAAACCAUUCUGCAUCGUGCUGCUCGACUGGGUUGUACAGACGUUGCUGCUUAUUGUUUAGAAAAAUUGAAUAGCCUUCCUAGUCCGAAAGAUAAUGCAGGAUAUACUCCACUUCACGAAGCAUGUUCGCGCGGUCACUUGGAAAUCGCUAAAUUAUUACUGGCGUAUGGAGCUAAUGUUAGUGAGAGUGCUAAUGGUGGAAUAAGGCCUCUUCACGAAGCAGCUGAAAAUGGUGCUACAGAACUAGUAAGAUUACUACUUUCAUAUGGUGCUGACCCAUUAUUGGCAACUUACGCCGGACAAACACCGUUAAUGUUGGCCGACAAAAAGGCUCAUUCUAUUCUCGCGCAACAUUUGGACGAUGUUCAAGGCCGGUCAGCCGAACCUUGGAGUUUUGGCGGCCCUUCAACCUUGUUCGAUCCUGAAGAAACUGGUUACAAUCCAUUAGAAGAUCCGCCGAUGGACUCACCAGAGCCCGAAAUAGACGAAAUAGAAAUGGAAGUCAGUGACAUUAAUUUACCGGUUCUGUUUUCUAUAGCAAAUGAUCCCGAUAAAUGGGUACUGCUGCAGGAUCUAAUGGCUGCAUCAAAAUUAAAGAGCCGGGAUGCGUUAUUAAGGCAAAUAAACCCGAAAGCUACUGGCCCUCCGGCAAUUGCUCAUCGCAGUGUUAUGAGAGAAUUCAAAUUAUCCGAUUUUCUCGAACAAUCACGCUGUUGUCAUUUGUUGAAUUCUGGUGAGCGUAUUAAUGUUCGCGGUUCCAAAGUAACACUUAUUAAGUACAACGACAAAGUUAAAUCUCUGUUGAAUGUCGAGAGGGUUGUUAUUAAUUUGAGGUGACAAAAGGACAAUCUGAAGAGUUUUACUAGUAAUAAUUCUAACGUUAUUGUUAAUGAUAAUAAUAUAAAUAUUAAUAAUAAUAAUAAUAGUAACUAUAAUGAUAGUAAUGAUAACAAAAAAAGUAGUAAUAUUAAUAAUAGCGAUAGUAAUAUGUCCUCAACUCUUCAGAUACCAUCGACAUCAAUUACCAAUAAUGAUAAUGAUAGUAAAAAACUAAAUGAGAUUAAAUCUCCUUCCAAAGUAGCGAUUAAGCGCGAACGUUUACGGAAGAAAUAGAAUCAUCAUUGAUGUUCAUAUUUGUUCUUUUAUUUUGUCUAAUCAAUACAUUUAUUUACUCAUUUACACGUGAUAAAAUAAAUCUGAAUUUUUUAAAGAUUAACUAAU